AUCUACUGUGGUUGUAGAUAACACACUGCCCUGCUGUAAACCAAAGCCUGCAAACAUCAUUACUCUGCAGCAAAGUCAGGGGGAAAUAGGAAGUUGUGUGCGUUUCACUUUCUUCCCGGACACUCCGCCCCAAACCAUCCGGCGCACACGUAACUGUUGACUCAACACUAGUCUGUUCGACCGGCGUGCCGCGUCAUGCGCUCGUGCCUCUUUCUCAACAGCGUUGCAGCUCGACCAAACUGGGUCAAAGUAACACAAAAACCUCGAAGUCGCAUUCAAAUUCGUUUUUAAUUCAAUUAUAGGACGAACAUUGAAGGAGUUGUGAAAGUCUAGUCUGCGACGGUCUGGCGACCAUCCGACAACCUUCGGUCGGCUCGCGCUGCCAGGCAGCGUCUGGACUUUCUGAGCCGAAGAUCUCGUAUUUGGGUCCAGUGUGUGUGUGUUUGCCCCUCCCGGUCAGGUGACUAAGGUGUGUCGAAUCGCAAGAGAUGCUUUUGUUCUCAUCUACCUGCCGGUGAAUUGAAAGGUGAUCUCCAGCGCGGCGGUAAACGGCUUUUAUACUGAAGCGGCACUCCGGCUCCGGGCGACAAAAUGAUCAAGUAACUUCGUUUCAAUUGUUCGUAUAUUAGUUUAACGAUAUCGCUGUAAUUUAUACGCUUAACUGAGCUUUUUUAUGGCAAAUUCACCGCCGAGCACAGACAGAUCAAACGUCUCACUUUUACCAUGGAAACGCUUUGCCGCAACCGCAGGGCGAUUAAUUUAGGCUGCAGGCCCGUUAACUGAGGAAACAGACUUUUCUUACUUUUUUGUGUUAAAUAAAGAUAGCAACAGUAUAAAGGAAUCCGCAUCUUUAACACGUUUGGAUUUUAAACCGCACCAUGGCUCUUUCUCAACUCCAGUGUCUCGAUGACAAUCACGUAAACUGGCGCACAAACGAAUCCAAACCGGAGUUCUUUUACAGCGAGGACCAGCGGCUCGCGCUCGAGGCGUACAUCACCAAAGGACGUGAUGCGUUUGACAGUUACGUGAAAGAGCGCGAGCUGCGUCCGUUCCUCUCUGAGCCGGAGCUCGAGCAUCUCCGCAGGAUUAUCGAAGACUACAAACCCGGUUCCGAGCAUCAAAAAACGGAUGGCACGACGGACGGAGAAGAUUUAGCGGUGUCAUUGCAGUACUGGCCGGACCGCUCGGAUACCUCCAUUCCGAAUUUGGACCUCGGAUGGCCAGACUGCAAUUCGUAUCGCGGGGUGACGCGUGCAAACGUGUACACGCAUCCGCCGUCGGACGGACAUGCGCAUAUCAAAGAGGUGGUGAGAAAGGCCAUCGCCCAAGCACAAAAGAUGAUUGCGGUGGUAAUGGAUGUUUUCACAGACGUCGACAUUUUUAAGGACCUUAUAGAGGUUGGAUUUAAAAAGAAAGUUGCAAUAUAUAUUAUUAUAGAUCACACAGCUGUACAGAACUUCCUACACAUGUGCGAGAGAGCAAAUAUGCACAGAGGACAUCUCAACAAUCUGCGGGUACGAUGCAUCGGCGGUGCAGACUUUUACACUCGUUCGGCUCAGAGGGUCUUUGGAUCUUUGGGUUCGAGAUUCAUGUUUGUGGAUGGAGACCGUGCUGUUUCAGGAUCAUACAGUUUUACAUGGACCGCCUCUCGUUUGGACCGCAAUGUCAUUACAGUCCUGACAGGACAAGCUGUUGAAACCUUUGACAAUCAGUUCCGUGAGCUAUACUUGAACUCCCAUGGGGUCAACCUAUCCAAGGUUCCAAUGGGGGACCCUCCGGAGCCGGAGCCCACCAUAGUUACUGUCCCUCCCCCUGUAUCUGCGACAGUUGCAAGAAAGCUAAUUAACCCUAAAUAUGCAUUGGUAAAUGUAGACGCAUCGAGCAAAACUUCUUCAGACAAAGCUAGUGCCAAAAACAGCAGCUCGCAUCAUCCUAUGACCCCCGUUCCUAAGCCCAAUCGCGAAGUUACCGAAAAACCAAAGCUACAUCCGGGACUUGAAGGCUUGCUUAAGGCAGAUCUCAUUCCUUACUUGCCAACCUGGCCUGAGCCAGACCCAUCCAGUGACGUUAUUGGGUUUAUUAAUAUCAGAGACACAAGUAAACCAGCACCUGUGCAUUUAAUGCGUUCGCAAAUGUUCGGAACAUCACAAGCGAUCCGAUUCAAAGACCCUUUCACAGCCCCACCUGAGGAUCCGCUACCGGAAAAGGCAAUUUUGCAUCUUAAGAAAACAAAUGAGGUCAAAAAAGAUGCUGUCGAUGCAAACUUUCAAUCAAGUAACCAGCUCUCCAAAGAUGACCAGCUGAAUACCCAGCCUGUGGUAAACUUACAGCCAGAGACUAAGUUCAACAGCAACCAUCAAGAUGUACCGGUUCACUCAUCCAAUUCUCCAAACACCCAAACCCAGCACAAUGACCCCAAACCCAACCCUCCUCCACAAGAGCAGCAGCCCAACCCUAAACCGAUGAAUUCCUCUUGUGAGAACCAACAAGCUUUACAGCAACCUGUGCCCAAACCACGCACCUUGCAGGUGGUGGUUAAUAAGGCAGAGGGAACUAAAGAUGCAAAGAUCACUUUAGUCAGACGGGAGGAGAACCAGACGAGAAACCCGACGGUUACGCACACGGACACUCGUGAGAACGAUGCUGACAGCAUUGCUGUGACUUGUGCGCAUUCAUUGAAGGAUAAAGAUGAAGCGUCAACAACAUCAGAUGAAUACUUUGAGUGCGCCGACUCUGACACGGCCAGUCCUACCGACUUGCUCCCUAACGGAAGGAUGACUGGUUCUGGUCGCGUUGACCGAAGUCCUGACUCCCUUAACGUAAUGGCCCGGCUCUCUCAAUCCAUGCUGGACUUGCGAUCAGAUGAUGAUAAUAAAAGUACUCUUGAGAAGAAUCUGCUGAACACACAGAACACGGAGAAGCAAAGGUCACCUGCUCAAGACAUCUACGGCCGAGCAAAAGUGGUGAAUACUAAACCUGGAGCCUUCCAUACACCCCCCGAUAGCAGCGGGGAUGUGAUCGGGGGUCACAGGUACUGGCAGGGGAAGAUGUAUGACCCCGAUCUCCCCUCAAGUGGAUUACAACAGCAAAACCUGAAUCGUACUGGCUGGUCCCCUCAAAGACACAACCCUGCCUAUGGGAUCCACGGACUCCAAUCGGCGGUCUUACAGAGAAAAUCGCCUCCGAGACAGGUUGAGACUCGCACACCAUUAGGAAUCUCCUUUUCUAAACUUGCCAGCUUCAAACACCUUCGAGGGAAGGUUUCAGUAAACCCGGCUGGUUUUCCCUUAGGGGAUCAGUUGUCACGGGGGCACAAUGACAUUUAACUGAUUUAACAACUUUGUAUUGAGUACAAAGGCAUGAAUGUGCAAUGAUGUAGCGACCAAUCUCCAUUAAUACAGACUUGAAACCGGAGUUAAACUGGAUGUUUGAACUAAUACAGUGUUACGGCAAUAAAACAAACACUGAAUUUAUUAGCUGGACUUUAUAUUUCCGUAAGGCAAUGAGAGAUGCACAAUUAUCUAUUACAAACAGCCUUAAUCUUUUGCUUAUGUACCUUAUGAAUAAUGAGGACUGGAAUUUUGUGCGGACUGGAAUUUGGUGGUGGAUUUGUGACUGUGGUGAUGGCAAUUUUGCAUUUACCUCUUUUAUUGGCUAAUAAUUUCUUGGAUUAAAAAAAAAGUGAAAUGCUGCCCAACACAGUAAACCCAAUAUUGUCUGUCCACUAGGGGUUGCACUGACUAACCGAUUAUUCCAAGAUGCACUGGCCAAAUAUAUUUGUAAUAUACAAAAGUAAAUCACAUUCAACUCAUAAUGAAUUAGUCACACUGAUGUAUGAUGUUUGAGUUUUAACAGUGUUGACAUUAGCCAAAAUUCUUGCGAAUUACUCUGAAACCGAUCGUUAUUGGGAAAUAGUUUUUUUUUGUAUGCAUAACAAUGCAAUGUCAACAUACUGUCUUGCAUCAUCUCAACUCUUCCACUAACAUUGUAAGCCGUCAGACUGCCGAUGUAGCAUGGCAUAUGUUGAACGCUGAUGGCCGACUAGUUGACUACUUUCUUUUCUACAAGUAUUCGACUAGUAACAAAUUAGUCGUGCAAGCCCUAGUGUCUGGUUGUUUUUUUCAGUCAAUUCAAUUGCACAAAAUGGCUACAUUUUUUUUUUUGAGUUUUGUAAUUUCCUACAAUAUUACAGAUUUUCUUUACCUGCCAAAGAGGUAUUGGAAAUUUCUAAGGAUGUGAUGUGCACUGUAACCUAUGGAAAUUGUUACGAAUACAGUCAUCUUAAUGACAUCUCAAAUGUUUGCAUAUAAAUUUGCAUUAUCUCACUCCUGAUUGAGUGAUUUACUAUAGCCUUUACAGCAAAAUACUUGAAUUUUUAAGGUGAACUUUCAAAUGAAUGCAGAUGCCUUAGCUUUAUUAAUAUAGACCCCAUAUUUCAUUGGUUGUGAAAUAAAACACAGUGAGGGAUAGACGUAUUGUCCUUUUAGAAGGUUGUGCUGUCAUGUUCUAUGGUUGUCGACAGAUUAGAAAAAACACAUUUCCCCCAAAAAGAUUAGAUAACAUUCGUUGUCGUAACUAUACGUAUACAUUUCUCACAGGCACAGCCUUUCCCAGAAGGCCUCUG